UUGUUUUUUUAAUAUAUGUUUAAAUGCUUACUUUAUUAUUUAAAUAGAAAGAAUUAUAUACAUAAUUAAGCCUUAUAUUAUCAUGUAUUUUCAGAAUUGACAUAAUAUAAACAAGAGGACCAUGAUGGUACUGAAAUCGCUCACCUACAUACAGAAACUCUCCAUGACAAGGAACAAUUAAUAUUGUUAACUAUAAACAAAAGCAUAAUAUAAAAUCUAAAUCUUAAACUGAUAUAACAAAGUUCAUAUUUGUAUCUGAAAUAGUGCAUGUGUACCACUGGAGGUGAACCUUGAGGCCCUCCGGAAGACUGCACAUUUCAUCGCUGUGGCUGGGGUGACGUUGUAGAAGGGUGAACGACAAGAAGAAGAAGAAGUGCAUGUGUAAAACAUGACUGGUUGCUAUAAUGCUAAGGGAAAACAACAGUUCCAAAAUGUGUACAUAUAAGGAAAAUUAAUGGCCCCCUGGGUCGGGCCAAAUUUUUACCCCAGGGCUUUCAUUUGAACAAACUUGUAUUGGUAGACACCCAUCAGAAGAUGUUUCAUGCUUAAUAUCUAACCUGUAGCUCUUUAUGUUUUUUAAAAGAAGAAUGUUUAAGUUUUUCCUGUAUACAUAUAAGGAAAAUCAAGACCCAUGGGGUGGGGCCAAUUGUGACCCCAGGGCUUUUCUUUCAAUAAACUUCGUAGACAUUCCCUAGAAGAUGCUUUGUGCCAAGUAUCUAAGCUCUAGCUCUUUGGGUUUUUAAUAGAAGAUUUUUAAGUUUUUUCAUUCGGUUGCCAUGACAACUAGAGUUCUGCAUGGAAUUAAUUAUUUUGAACAAUAUUUAAAGGUGACCACAAAAGGAACAUUCCUGUGAAGUUUGGAUGAAAUUAACUUACCUGUUUUUGAGAAGAUGUCGUUUAAAGUAAAAGUUUACGGAUGGACAGACAACGGAGGGACAACGGACUGACCGAAGGACAAAUUGUGAUCACAAAAGUUUACCUUGUCAAUUUGUGACAGGGAUGAGCUAAAAAUCUAAAACGGGCAUUUUUCAAUUGACUCUUAUAACAUCUCUAAGUAAAAGGAAGCAAGUUAUUUUUUCCUUUCAUUUCAUUCGAAACCAAUAGAGGAAAUAAAAAUAGCAAAAUUUCCACCUAUCUGAUCCAAAUGAAAGAAACAGUUUUUCUUGAUUAUUUCUAUGAAACACUUUUAACUACAACAUUCAAAAAUGUUUCAAGAACCUGACUACAGAGAACACCUAUCACUGAUGUUAUCAGAGGUUUUAGAUGACAUUGGUGUCAAUGAAAGAUUAGUGAUGAGAAGGAGAAGAGAGAACAUGCUGGGGGAGACUAUGUGUAAUAUUGAGUACAGGUUAACUGAUAAAAAUGGAACUGUAUAUAAUUCAGGGAGUCAGAGUGAAGGUACAACUACUAUAGGACUUAAUUCAGAUAUGGAUUUACUAUAUUGUAUUCAUGAUUACAAUAUAAUACAAGACUGGUCAGAGUGGGAACAUGGCAAGGAAAACUACCUCAUGAUACAGGAUGAGAACACUACACCUGGUUAUUGUUUCUUACAACUGCUCAGAGCUGAUGAACCUCUUCCUCUUACUGUCAUUCCUGAUGGAAACUAUAUCACGGAUAGAAGGGGAAGAAUAUUGCUUAAAAACACAAUCAUAAAUGAUUUGCCUGUGGCUGCUGGUCAGCAGCAUGGACCAUCUAUUGCUACACAAGGACAACCUGGAGUAAGUGAUGUAGACAACGUGUUAGCUCUUCCAUGUAAAUCAUGGCCUCAAUCAGCAUCAGGUUGGUUAGAUAGACAGGGUAUUGGCAGAUGGCCAACACAAGAGAUGAAGAGACAUGCAGCCAGUACUGGGUGUUUUGUUGUUGCAACUGGAAGUAGGGUCAGUGAAUAUCCAGAACUGGAAUGGAGAAUAUCUACAUCAGUGGCAGAAAGAUGCCUGAUGUUUAAUCUAAAUAUAACACAAAUAAGGUGCUAUGUGUUGUUGAAAAUGAUCCUUAAAUCAUUCCUUAAUCCUCAAGGGGAAAUCAAUAUUUCAAGUUUUAUGUGUAAAACAGUUCUAUUACAUUGUAUAGAAAACACAGAGUCACGGAUAUGGAAAGAAAACAAUUUAUUUUCAUGUUUAACAUACUGCUUAUUGCAAUUACACAGUUUUGUACAGAGUGAUUGUUGCUCACAUUUCAUUAUAUCAGAAAAUAAUUUGAUGGCAGGGCAAUUUACAGCUGACACAAAGCAUGAACUUUCAAAAAAUAUUUGUGAACUUAUACAGAAUGAUAGACACCAGUUACUAAGUAUUGAUAUUGAUGAUCUUGGUCAUAGACUUCAAGUUAAACUGAACAUGGCACCAAAUGGAGUUUACUAUUUUCUGUCUUCUCUUCAAAUUUAUGAACUUGUUUUGACCAUGCAAUAUAUGAAUAGUGCACUAGAGAUAAGUAGACGGCAUAAGAAAUAUUUAGGAUAUUUACACAAUAAAAACAUAAGAACAAUAAAUCAAUGUGUAGGUAAAUUAAUUACCUUCGCUCAUAAUGGUAAUAGAUUAGAACAGACUGCAGUAAAGCUUGUAGCACCUUUUCUUUUCACCACAUACGGAUCUAUCCUAGCAUCAUCAAGCAUUGUAGAAAAUAAUCAAGUGUCACCUGAAUCAUUGGUUUGGCUAUCAGCUGGUUUAAACUCAGAUAUCUCAUCUAGCAGACUUAAAUUGGCCGCAGUGUUCUACAGUACAGGAGAUAUGGAGAAAGCUGAACAAAUACUAAGACACACUGAACAACAGUAUUACUCUUAUCCUGUUGUAUCUAUCUGUAGCUGCUGGUGUACGCCUCCACCAGCACAAACAGCAGAAUUCAAGAGGGUAUGUGGUGAACAAAGUGAGGACUGUAUCAAACAUAUUACAGCAUUUUGUGUCAAAUUCAUACAGAAAGAGAUCAACUGUAUUCCUCAUGAACUACAAUAUGAAAUGUUCAGAUCUACACAAGAUGACAUGAUACACAGACAUCAGUUUGACUAUUGGAUGGACUGGGCUGUAGUUGAUUCUCUACCUUUUCUAUAUUACCUACAAUACAAGAUCUACAGUCGUCUACAAAGAUAUCAAGAUCAACAACAAGCACUUAGUAAACUUAUAAGAACCAUAGUAAAUGAUGAAAACCUUCGACAUAGAGAAACAGCUCUAAACAUCUUAGGGCAAUGUAUGGAACAAGAACACAGACCACAACAAGCAUUAAACUGCUACCUGCUUUCUCUUCAACAAAGGGCAAGAAACAAUGUAGCAAACAUACAUAUAUGUAAACUCUUUUCCAGCAUAUUGAAUAGGCAAUGAAAUGGGGUCAAAACAGACAGUAUGAAGUAUCACUAUCAAUGAUCAUAUACUGAUUGUCUCUAUCAGACUUAUUCAAAUGUUAAAUAAUAGACUUGUCAUCAUUCUUUUUAUCACAUUUUAUUUUGAAAUAACAUUAAUCAUGUUAAAUUAAAAGAAUGAAUCAGACUUCAAUAACUUUCUAUUUUUACAUUUGAGAGAUAAUUGAGAGAUAAUUGAGAGAUAAUUGAAAGAUAAUUGUGAGAUAAUUGAGAGAUAAUUGAAAGAUAAUUGAGAGAUAAUUGAGAGAUAAUUGUGAGAUAAUUGAGAGAUAAUUGAGAGAUAAUUGAGAGAUAAUUGAAAGAUAAUUGAGAUAAUUGAGAGAUAAAGAGAUAAUUGAGAGAUAAUUGAGAGAUAAUUGAGAGAUUAGAGCCUCUUGUGAAGAGGACAAUAUUACUCAUGGAAAUCAAUUUUAAAUUUCUGUUUAUGAUGAUGAAUAUUUUUCCUCAAUCUUUAUUUACACAGAAGUCAAAACUGUUUUAGCUGUCACCUAUAUAAAUAUAACUUCUAGUGUUGGCAAUGAUUAUUUAUUAAAAGUUUUGGAUUAAUAUAUGUACCUUGUAUAUAUAGUCUUGUUCUUACUUCAU